AGGAGGCGCAAGCGGCCAGUGCAGCGCGGAAAGCCGCCCUUCAGUUACAUCGCCCUCAUCGCCAUGGCCAUCGCGCACUCAGCCGAGCGUCGACUCACCCUGGGUGGCAUCUACCGCUUCAUCACGGAGCGCUUCGCCUUCUACCGGGACAACCCGCGAAAGUGGCAGAACAGCAUCCGCCACAACCUCACGCUCAAUGACUGCUUCGUCAAGAUUCCUCGCGAGCCGGGCCACCCGGGCAAGGGCAACUACUGGGCCCUGGACCCCGCGGCCCAGGACAUGUUUGACAGCGGCAGCUUCCUACGCAGGAGAAAACGUUUCAAGCGCAGCGACCUCAGCACCUACCCCGGCUACUCUCCGACACCCAGACCCGGACCUCCGCCCUACACUGCGGCCCCGACGGCUCCCGUGUUGGGGCCGGGUCCCCAGCCCUUGCAGCCCUAUCCGGGGGGCCCAGGGGCUGCGCCCCCGCCUCCUCCUUUGCCUCCGUCGCGCGUGUUCAGCAUUGACAGCCUCAUCAGCCUCCAGCCUGGCUCCGACGGGACGGCUUUCCCUGUUUCCGAGCCCGGGCCGUGUUUCCCAGGCCCCGCAACGGCGGCGGCUGCAGGGCCCGGUGGUGGGGCGCUCCUGGGCAGGGGGCCCCCAGCCUCUGCCCACUCAGUCUCCUACCCUCCCUACCCUGCAUCUCCUCCUCCGAUGCCCGGUUCGAGCUACGCGCCGCCUGGCAGCCCCCAACUGUAUGCGCUGCCCCCCAGGCUGGAGCUAACGACCGCUCUGGCAGGCCCCCAGAGCGCCGAGCCCUCAGGGGCGGAGCAGCUGCUGGGCCUAGGUGGACCUGGCCCUGGUCCUGGACCUGGGCCCACCAUCGGCGUCAACGGGCUGGCCCAGUUCGGGCCCAGCGGCGCUUACCUGAGACAGCCGAGUUUCGGCGCGGGCCUGGAGCGCUACCUGUGA